UUGAGCCGUCCUGUUUUUACCCAGGAGCCACAAGACAUUAUUUUUCCUUUGGAUUUAUCAAAAUCUGAAAUCAUCCUGAAUUGUGCUGCCACUGGUUACCCUUCACCCAGUUAUAGGUGGAAGCAAAAUGGCACAGAUAUUGAUUUUACCAUGAGUUAUCACUACAGGUUGGAUGGAGGCAAUUUGGCAAUCAGUAGUCCCCGCACAGAUCAAGAUAUUGGCAUGUACCAGUGCCUGGCCACCAACACUCUGGGGACAAUACUGAGUCGGAAGGCGAAGCUCCAGUUUGCAUAUAUUGAAGACUUUGAAACCAAAACAAGAAGCACAGUGUCCGUCCGAGAAGGUCAAGGUGUGGUGCUUCUCUGUGGCCCACCACCACACUUUGGAGAUUUAUCUUAUGCAUGGACUUUCAAUGAUAACCCCUUAUAUGUCCAAGAGGACAACAGACGGUUUGUAUCACAAGAGACAGGAAACCUAUACAUUGCCAAAGUGGAACCAUCAGAUGUGGGCAACUAUACUUGCUUCGUAACAAACAAGGAAGCCCAGAGAAGUGUUCAAGGACCACCCACCCCAUUAGUGCAGCGCACUGAUGGUGUGAUGGGGGAAUAUGAACCAAAGAUUGAAGUGCGUUUUCCUGAAACUAUACAAGCUGCAAAGGAUUCAUCUGUAAAACUGGAAUGCUUUGCCCUUGGAAAUCCAGUCCCUGAUAUUAGUUGGAGGAGGUUGGAUGGAAACCCGUUGCCAGGGAAAGUCAAGUACAGCAAAUCCCAAGCUAUUCUUGAAAUCCCGAACUUUCAACAGGAAGAUGAAGGCUUCUAUGAGUGCAUUGCAGGCAACCUUCGAGGAAGAAACCUUGCAAAGGGUCAACUCAUUUUCUAUGCCCCACCAGAAUGGGAACAAAAAAUCCAAAAUACUUACCUGUCUAUCUAUGACAGUUUGUUUUGGGAAUGCAAAGCUAGUGGAAAGCCAAAUCCUUGGUACACUUGGUUAAAGAAUGGUGAACGCCUCACUCCAGAGGAAAGAAUUCAAAUAGAAAACGGGACACUUAUCAUAACUAUGCUGAAUGUGUCAGAUUCUGGUGUCUACCAGUGUGCUGCAGAAAACAAAUAUCAGAUAAUUUAUGCAAAUGCAGAAUUGAGAGUAUUAGCCUCAGCUCCUGAUUUCUCUAAAAAUCCUCUUAAAAAAACUUCAGUUGUGCAAGUUGGUGGGGAUAUCACUAUCGAAUGCAAACCAACUGCUUUUCCUAGGGCAGCUAUCUCCUGGAAAAGAGGAAUGGAGAGCCUGAGACAGAGCACAAGAGUGUUUCUCUCAGACGAUGGCAGCCUCAAGAUAUAUAAUGUUACCAGGUCAGAUGCCGGAUCAUACACUUGCACAGCUACAAAUCAGUUUGGCAUCGCAAAGAACACUGGCAGCCUAGUCGUAAAAGGACCCUGUGCUGAGAAAGGCCCCGUUUUGGUUUAUCGCCCUGAUGUCACUGUCCUGAAAUGCUUAGUCAUCUUGUCUCUGAAGUCCUACUUUGUCAGUGAAGUCUACCGGGACAGCGGAGCAUGCGCGCAAGCAGAGGAACUAUACUGGGUGGCGGCAGUGCCUGUUGUGGCGCCAACAAACAUCAACGGAGGUGGAGGAAGUCGUUCGGAACUCGUCAUUACGUGGGAGUCAAUUCCAGAAGAACUACAGAAUGGAGAGGAAUUUGGAUACAUCAUCAUGUUGCGGCCAGUUGGCUCAACAACCUGGACCAAGGAAAGAGUACCAUCUGUAGAAUCAUCAAGAUUUGUUUACAGAAAUGAAAGUAUUACCCCCCUCUCUCCCUUUGAAGUCAAAGUGGGUGUAUAUAAUAAUGAAGGAGAAGGAUCUCUGAGUACUGUGUCCAUUGUCUACUCCGGGGAAGAUGAACCUCAGCUGGCUCCAAGAGGAACUUCUGUCCAGAGUUUUUCUGCUUCGGAAAUGGAGGUUUCAUGGAAUGCUAUUGCCUGGAAUAGAAACACUGGAAGAGUGCUGGGCUAUGAGGUAUUAUAUUGGACAGAUGACUCCAAAGAAUCCAUGAUUGGGAAAAUUAGAGUCAGUGGGAAUGUCACAACCAAAAACAUCACAGGGCUGAAAGCUAAUACCAUCUACUUUGCUUCCGUGAGAGCUUACAACACUGCAGGGGCAGGGCCCUCAAGCCCCCCAGUCAACGUUACCACCAAAAAGUCUCCACCAAGCCAACCACCAGCUAACAUUGCCUGGAAGCUGACAAACUCUAAAUUAUGCCUGAACUGGGAACAUGUAAAAACCAUGGAAAAUGAGUCUGAAGUGUUGGGCUACAAGAUUCUGUAUCGGCAAAACAGACAGAGUAAAACACAUAUCUUGGAAACAAACAAUACAUCGGCUGAGCUUCUGGUUCCGUUUGAAGAAGACUACUUGAUUGAAAUAAGAACAGUUAGUGAUGGUGGGGAUGGAAGCAGCAGUGAAGAAAUUAGGAUUCCAAAAAUGUCAAGCUUGAGUUCCAGAGGAGUUCCAGUCUUAGAACCUAGCGUCUGUUUCCUGUCAAUUGUCAUAUUUUUUACUGUUUUGCAAUUCAGCCACUUAUACGAUGAAUGA